UCAACCUCACUUGCUUCAACCAAAUUUACGACUAUGUCGGACACCGCAAACGCCGCUGUCGAAAUCGGAGAGGAAGCUCUCGAGCAGAAGCUCGAAGAGCUCUCUGUUCAAGAUAAGACAACGCCAAGCAACAGCGAAGAGAAGAUGCGUAAAAGACGUCUGCCGACUGCUGAGCGCAUCCGUCUGUGGGAAGAAGAGCAGAAGUCGAAGACAGCCAUUACCACCGGACUUCAAGGAAAAGUGAAAUGGUAUUCUGUUCUCCGUCGCUAUGGCUUCAUUUCUCGCAACGAUGGCGAAAAGGACAUCUUUGUUCACCAGACAGCCAUUGCCAAGUCAGCCACUGAAAAGUUCUACCUCCGUACCCUCGGGGACGAUGAAGAGGUUCUCUUCGAUCUCGUCGAGGGAAAGAAUGGCCCAGAAGCUGCUAACGUAACAGGACCCAACGGAGACAAUGUCAUUGGAUCGAGAUACCGCCACAAGCUUCUCUCUCGCUUCCGCAAGAACCGCAAGCCCAGAGCUUCUGUCGAUGGAGAGGAAUCCCAGUCGACCGAUGCCAAGCCACAGGAGAUGUCGGCGGAUGCUGAGAAGAAAAAGCCAAGAAAGCAACGCAAGAACAGAAAUCGCAAGUCGAAGGCCCAACAGAAAGGAGCUGGUGAUGCCGCUGAUUCAUCGGCUGUCACUGAAUCUUCCGAAUCUGCUUCUGACGUUGCUUCUCCAGACUCCAAAUCUUGUUCCAAGAUCAUCACAGAGGAAGCUGGACUUUCCAAGGUUGACCGUUGCGACUCUGCACUUGGAGAAGCCGGCCUAGGAGCCCAGCCAAUCGAUGCUCAGAUUUAAGAUCCAUUAAUGCUUAUUUCUCAAAUUUGUACCUUUGUACAUAUACAUAGUACACUUUAUCAUAUUCCCAAUUUAUGCAUGCUAUUGUAAGUCCCUAUCCCUCUUGUUCUUCAAUGCCACAUUGCCUCAGCUUGUAAUGAGAAAACCUCUCAAUAAAACCGUUUACCGGUAAAU